AUGAAGAAAGAUAUAAAUGAAGUGGCAGCAGCAGAGGAAACUUCAGCUGGGAUUGUUGUCACCCCAGAUGCCGAAUUCUACAUCAGUUCCGUUGCACAGGUUUCCUGUGCGAAUAUCCUUCUUGCAGAAGAUUUAGCUUCUCCUAGUCAUCAAAUAUGGAACUAUGCGAUUGCCGAUGCCUUAGUAGCCAAGGGCCACAAUGUGACAGUUAUUGGACCUAAGACGAUAUCAACAGAAAAUAGGAAGUUUCGCUAUAUUCCGCUGGAAGGACUACUUGAUGAGAUAGGCGUGUUUCUUCCUGAUGACUAUAUGCAUUUCUCAACUCUGGGAAAUAUCAAGAUGUUCAAUGAUUUCAUACUUACGACAUGCAAUCAUACGAUUCACACCAAGGGACUCCAAAAGCUGAUGGAUUAUCCGAAAGAUUUCAAAUUCGAUCUGAUUUUAUUAGACCUUACUGCAACGCCUUGUUUCCUACCAUUGAUUGAGAGGUUUAAUUCACCUCCUGCUGUCGUAAUAUCUGCAAUGUUACUAUCACCCGUUCUAUCGGAAUUAUUCGGAAACAGCUUUCCAGCUUCAUAUAUACCGUAUAUUUUCUUGAAGAACACUGCCAGAAUGGAUUUCUCGGAAAGAUUACAUAAUUUUGUCUUCUCCAAAAUUGAUCUUUAUUGGAAAGCUUACAACUCGUUCCAUAUGGAGAAGAUGUCGAGAAGUGUAUUCGGAGAGAAGAUGCAAAGUUUCGAUGCCCUGAGCAAGAAAACAACGUUUCUCUUAUGUAACUGGAGCCCUGGACUCCACUAUUCACAGCCACUUACGCCUAAUAUCAUUCCAGUUGGUGGAGUGCAUAUCGAUACUGAGAAAAAACUUCCCCAGGAUUUACAAGAUAUAAUGGAUUCUGCAGAAAAUGGAGUCAUAUUCUUCUCAUUAGGUAGUAACUUGAGAUCGGACACAAUGAGUCCAGAGAAGAAAAACAGCAUUCUGAAGGUCUUCAGUCAGUUGAAUCAGACUGUUUUAUGGAAAUUCGAAUCUGACUUUCCAAAUCUUCCAAAAAACGUGAUAAUAAGAAAAUGGAUCCCGCAGACUGCAAUAUUUGCUCAUCCAAAUUUGAAGUUAUUCAUCACCCACGGAGGUGGUUUGAGUACAAUUGAAGCCGCAUUCUUUGGAAUACCAAUGGUAGGCAUCCCCUUCUUCGUAGACCAACAUGCUAACAUGGAACUGGUAGAAACUAGAGGAAUAGGAGUGAAAUUGGAAUACUCUGAUUUGACUUCAGAAAGUUUAUUGGAAGCAGUCAACAUCGUUUUGAGAGAUCGAAGGUAUGUGUUAUCCAUAGAUAGGUAUUCCGAGAAUGCUAAAAAGAUAUCAUCAAUAAUGAGGGAUCAACCACAGACUCCAAUGGAACGUGCAUUAUUCUGGAUUGAAUUCGCAAUGCGAAAUAAUGGAACCAACAUUUAUGAUCCACAGUCAAGACACAUAUCGGGUUUCAUCUCGUCUUCCUUCGACAUUUACAUAUUUCUUUUAUCAGUUCUAUGUUUAGUUGUAUAUUUUUUGAAGAAAAUGGUGGCAGUCUUGUGGAGUCUAGUGAACUGGGAAGAGAAGAAAGUAAAAAGACAUUGAAUUAGCAAUUAUAGUUCAUUGCCACUCUCGAUAACCUAUAGAUAGUAUAAUAAACUACGAAGAACUUAUGAUAAUAUAUAUUAUAAUAUGUAUAUACAUGUUGAGGUAUGUAUGCGUGAGGAGUAACUACACUGUAACCCAUCGGGUGACAAUCAACCCAUAUUAGACAUAUCAUAACUUC